AUUCACCGAGGAGGAGAAGGAGCAGUCGAAAUAGUGUGUCUUCGGUACAGAUUCCCGUGGUACUUGAACCUCUGGCCAAGCGCAUGAGGACGAGAUCGACGAAUCGCAAAAACAGUCAAACAAAUGAGGAGUGCAUUAGCCUCUCAGCUGACAACACGGAACGGAGAGCCAGCAGAAAUUCUCAAACCUCUAGACGAAGACACAGAUAAAGAUGGCUUCGAACUGCAGCUCAAAAUAUGUUUUAAGUUUUCGCUGUGUAAAGGACGAUGAAUGUCAUUUUAAAGAUUUUUUUUUUUUACAAGAUGCAGUGAUUUCCACAUGUUUGCAUUGUAUAACUUCUUCAAUUGUUUUAAUAAUUUGCAAAUUUCUUUUUAUUUAACAUAUUAAGAGAAUGUACGAAGACGGUUUGAGUGAUUUGUUUUAUUAUAUGAUUCUGCGUUUUCUUUUAUGAAUUUGCUUUGUGCAGAUUUUUUUUAUUAAUGAAUAUCUUUUCAAAAUGAAUUGUAAUGUUUAGACCUAGGCUUAAUUUCUACCGCAAUCGUGAAUUCAGUUAAUUGAAAUAUAUUCCUUGACACGAAAAAAUAUGUAACUAGGAUUAUUUUUUAUAUCUUGAAAAAAUAAUGAUCACGAGUAGAAGCCAGUUU